AUGACAACUAAAUGCACAAAACAUUCAAAGACAUUAAAAUAUAUUUGUCAUAAAUGUAAUAUAUUGAUGUGUUCAGCAUGCACUCUUGAUCAUUGUAAACAACAACUUGAUCAUACUAUUCAUUGUGAACUAGUAGAUAAUAAUAGUAAUAAUAAUAAUAACGAAAAUAAAGAUGAAUCACAAUUAUCAAAAACAAUUCAAAAUAAAUUAACAAUAGAUAAUAAUAAUAAUAAUAAAUCAUCAUAUAUAUUCUCGACACACCGUCAAAGAGGUGUAACACUUAUCAACACAACAAACAACAACGUAAUCGAGCAGAUCAAGUUGGAUUAUGAUUUUCAUUGUACGACUUCAUCGAUUGUCUCGAUUGGUGAACAUAUCUAUGUAUUCGGGGGCCAAGGAAAUCCAUUGAAGUGGGUGAGGUUCUCAAUGAGAUCGAAAUCGAUUGAGCUCAUUGCCAAUACCGAGGUGAUUGAGGGUGGUGCAUUUAUAGCUGCUUGUUACGACGGCCAAGACCAUAUCUAUUUGAUGGGCGGUAAUCCUAGAAACGAUCGUAUCGAUCGAUUCAACAUUAGGACCUUGCAAUUCGAAGCCUAUCAUAAAUUACCGUGGGUGUUCGACGAUUGCCAAGUAUCGACAAUGAUCUACAAAGGUUCGUUAUAUAUAGUGCCAUACGAUGAUCUCUAUGUAUUCGAAUUCAACUUGGCCAACAAAACGAUCGUAGAACACAGGAUUGCCACCUGCGCCAUUUCAGCGUGUAACGACGGCAAUGGACCAAUUCAUCAGAUACAACGUCGAAACCAGACAAUCGACUAG